AUGCAUGGUAUACUAGAUGCCAAAAAUUGCUUGCAGUACGAUUAUCAGAAGGUGGGUGGCAUUUUUCUAGAUUUCUAUCACCAGCUUUUUUCUUCUGAUCAUGGUUCUAAGGAGAUUGAAAUUUUUGAUGCUAUGAAAAAACGUGUCCCUCAGAUGACUCAACAUGCACUAAACUUGGAUUUGACAAGGGAUGAAGUUGAGGCUGCCUUACAAUCUAUGGCUCCCACUAAAUCUCUGGGUCUGGAUGGGAUGCUUGCUUUAUUUUACCAGAAGUAUUGGGAUGUUGUGGGAAGUGAUGUUUGUCAGCUUUUGAAUGUUCUCAAUGGUUGUGAUAGUUGUUGGUCUGUAGCGAAUCUCGUGGCCUGGUGCUCCGGGCCGAGGGGAUGUGCGUCAACACGUGACGUCCUCCUUUUGGAUGCGGUGCGGUUGUGCGCGGGUGUGCCAGCACGGUCUACCGUGCGUCAAGAUGAUGAUGAGGUUCGGGUAGAAGAUGGUUUAAAUGUUGCGCCUGUUUUGCGUUCGACUCCUAAUCAAACGAUCGUGGCCGAGUGA